AUGUUGGAAGCUCCUUGUUCGUGCCCUGUCUGUAUGACGCUGGAAACUGCUGGAACAAAGCAGGUGGCGAGAAGUGCCCGGGUGACCAUCAGGGAUGACCAGAGUCAGCGCAAGUUCACUGUGACCAUGGAGCGACUCAGGCAUGAUGAUACAGGCGUGUACUACUGCGGGAUUGAACGAUCUGAUCAGACGUUCCAGGUCACAGUGACCAUCAGGCCAGCUCUGACCACCACCACUGUGUCCACCACGACCACCACAACCACCAACGCACCCACGACAGAAGCCACCACAGAAGAGACCACUGACGCCCCGAGGGUGACCAGGGCCCUCUCCAACACCACGGGCUUUCCUGUCCCCCUGCUCCUGUCCAUCAUCUCUGCUGUGUUGCCGCUUCUCCUGCUGGUGGCCGCCCUCCUUGCUUGGAGAAAGCUGAAGCGACAUAGGACAGCCAUUGAGAUCCUCCCAGAGCCGCAUGUCCAGGAAGAGGUCUGCUACGCUCACCUGUCUCUGCGCCCCCGUGACCCGGAGUUCAUCUGCUCUAAUGCGGACCCCUGCGCGGGCCCCAGAGCCGGCAGGAGCUCUGAGAUGGCCACCGAGUACAGCAGCAUCAGGAAGCUCAGGACGGGACUCUGA